AUGAUGGGCCAUCAAAAUCAGGACGAUUUCUUUCAAAUCCCCAGGUCGAUGUUCAACUACCCAUGGCUGGAAUAUCGAAACAGGAACCAAAAAUACAGAAAAGCCAUGUCUCCUGUUCAUCUGCCCUUGUCCUGUUACAAGCUGCCAAAGGAAGCAUUCCCCCCGAGUCCAGAGUGCUGGAGGGUGCACCCCAGCAGGCCAAAAGCAACUCCUUGCUUCUUCCACAAGAAACCCGAUUUCUUCAUACACUGGCGCACCCUGUAUGAACAACGCAAGGAACGGGAGUCGCAGAGGGUGAUCUUGAAAAAGAGAAAGCUCCCGAGGUACUUCAAAGACAGUGCCCAAAUACAAAACCUCCAUGUCUCACUCAGCAACUUAACCUUAAAACCGAAGUUGGUAACCAGGUCGUUAGAUCCCAUGGAGGACACUCUGAAGUGGCAAAGGUUAAAGGAGCUCACAAACAGCCUGAAAUCUCCAAGAGAGGAUGAGCAGUGCUAUGCAGCCUAUGCUUUAAGGCAACUGGGCAUCAAUAACGAGCUUGUCAUGGAAGCGCUGUGGCAGGUGGCUCAAACUAGUUCCACAAAAGUGAAGGACGAGGCCUAUAGAACCCUGGCCAUCCUAGGUUGCUUGAAUAAGACUGUGAUCCAGGCUCUCAUCAAACAGUUGACAGAACACAAGGAGGGUCAAAGGCUAGAGACCCUGGUGGGACUGCGCGUAGCUCUGAACUCCUGGGCUGCCGUGCCUAACAGCAAGAGGCUGGAAGUGGGAAAUGAGGACAAGCUGGUGCAGGUGCUGCAGAAGCUGACAGACAAGCCAUUGAGUGAAGUAUCCUUAGAGGCAGCCCUAUGCUUGGGUUUCCUGAGGCCCAGCAACAGCAUGGUCCAAGAGUUCCUGCAGCUCUGCCUGGGCCAAGGGUCCAUGCACCAGAGGAUGAAGGCACUUAGGAUGCUGGUCAAGAUAAUGAACAUUCACUCGGCUACAGUCACCAGGGCCAUUCUGGAACAGCUAAACUCUGCUGUCCUUGACGAUCGCAUUGAAGCCACCCAGAUGCUCAAGACCAUUGGGCUGGAAAAGAUCCAGGCCCAGGGGCUGGAAGAACUCACAUUUGACCUGCUCAAGAGGAAGAUACACAAUGAACCCUUCCUAGCAAUGAGGCAGGCUGUGUCCGAAACAGCGGGAGUACUCAAGAUGAAGCCUUUGAUCAUAAAACUGACAGAGGCGCAACUGAUGAGCCCAGAUGUCAGUGACCGCCAAGAAGCAGUCAUCUCUUUGGGUGCCCUGGGUAUCCGCAACCAACAGGUGUUCCACUUGCUGCUGGACAUGCUAGAUACGGAAGAGACUCAGAACGUGAAGAAGAGUAUACAAGAAACAUUACUUGUCUGGGCCUCGAGCAAUCCCUGGAUCCAAAUGAAGCUCAGGAACAAGGUUUUCUUUGUGUAUGAUGUACCUAAGGCUGUGAAGGCAGGGCCUACAAGGUUCCGGAAGGAGCCAGAUGGCCUGGAUGACUUAUGCAUCAAAGACUUUCGAUGUGCUAAGCUGAGCCCCUUGUUUAUUGCAAAGUCCUGCAACAAGCUAGGCGAAAAGCAAGAGGCGCCUGCUUUCUCAUUCUCUUUCUCCAAACCAACAAAGCAAAGGCCGCCGCCCAAAGGGCCUUGGCAGCCAAAAAUCAGGGAACAACUCCGGAAUUUGGUGAAGCCUCAAAGUACUUUCUUUUGGGGCUAA